UUACUAGAACGUUCGUCCAACUCACUGAAACGCUGUCGGUGACUCCUUUGCGGUCUCAAUUCUCGUCGUCUCUCUCGCUCCUCGCCGGCCGUGACCUUCUUGCGGAAUCCGAGGCAUUGGGUCGAGAUCGUAGGGGCAUGGCGGAGGAAGAGGAGUUCGCGAGGGCCGUUGAGGACGGGCUGAAGCUGGCGAAGCGUGUGUACGCUGGAAAGGAGCGGCAGAUCUUGGAGCCUCCGAAUCCGGUGGCGGGGAUGGAUCGUAAGGCGGACUUGUUCCUUCCUUCGGCGCCGAUGGUGUACGCGGUGAUAUCCGACCCCCGGAUUGUCGACAAUCCGGAUAUCCCCAGCUACCAGCCGUAUGUGUACGGGAAGUGCGACCCCCCGGCCCUGAUCCCUCUCCAUAUGGUAGACAUCGGGAUGGAGGUUGACUGCCUCCUCGAUUCGACCUUCGUCUCUUUCCGCGGCCGGUGGCGGAUCCAUUGCGUGAUGCGGAAUAAGAGCUGCAACUGCCGGCUGGCUGUCCCUAUGGGUGAACAGGGUUCGGUUCUAGGUGUUGAGAUUGUGGUUGGUGGAAAAUCAUAUCAUACCCAGGUGAUUGAAGAAGAACAUAACCUAGGAAAUAGUGCUGAAAAUGAAGGCAGUGGCUUCCUAAAACGACACAUAUUUUACUUAACAAUUCCUCAGGUCAAUGGAGGAUCAGACAUUUCUAUCAAUGCAAGAUGGUCACAAAAGUUGACAUAUAAUUAUGAUCAGUUCUUGGUUAGCAUACCAUUCAAUUUUCCAGAAUAUGUCACUCCUUUCUCAAAAAUUGUUGCAAAAAGGGAAAAGAUUCAGUUAAACAUCAAUAGUGGUUUUGGAAAGGAGCUUCUGAUCCAGAAGACAAGCCAUCAUUUGAAGGAACAAAAUCGCCAUGCAGGAAAGUUAAAUUUUUUGUAUGAAGCAGAUGUUGACAGUUGGUCAAAUAAAGAUUUUGAAUUCUCAUAUAGUCUUUAUUCAGAUGACUUGUCUGGCGGUAUACUCGUAAAGUCUCCAACAACACAUGAUGGUGACCACAGAGAUAUGUUCUGUUUUUAUCUUUUUCCGGGAAGUAAUCAGAGAAGAAAGGCUUUCAAAAAUGAGAUUGUCUUUGUUGUCGAUGUAAGCGGAAGCAUGCACGGAACGUUUAUUGAGAAUGUUAAAAGCUCGUUAGCCGCAUCACUGUUAGAGCUCAGGCCGGGCGAUUUGUUUGAUAUCAUAGCUUUCAAUGAUGAGCUUCACUUUUUUUCACCAUGUUUAGAGCAUGCUAAUGAAGAAAUGAUAGAAAAUGCUAUCCAGUGGAUGAAUAAGGAUUUUAUUGCAGAGGGUGGAACAAACAUCAUGCACCCCUUGAAGGAGGCAAUUGGUUUAUUAUCAAGUACAAAUAGUUCAGUUCCACACAUUUUUCUCAUAACUGAUGGAGCUGUUGAAGAUGAGCGCAACAUCUGUAAUACCAUUAAAACUCUUCUGGCAAAUACUGGAUCUGUAUCUCCUCGGAUUUCGACAUUUGGCAUUGGUCUUUAUUGCAAUCAUUACUUCUUGAAGAUGCUGGCUUCUAUCGGGAGGGGGCAGUAUGAUGCUGCAUAUGAUCCAGAUUCAAUAGGAACACAUAUUCCAAAAUGGUUUUGUAGAGCUUCAUCAACCAUAGUUGCAAACCUGACAGUUGACAGCUUCACUGACCUUGAUGAAUUGGAGGUCCACUCUAUUAAUAUUCCAGAUCUUUCAGCUCAAUGUCCACUGAUAAUAUCAGGCCGAUUUUAUGGAAAAUUUCCAGAGACUCCUCAAGCUAAGGGAAUCUUGGCUGACAUGACUGAUAUUGUUAUCAACUUGAAGGUGCACAACACAAAGGAUUUUCCUCUUGAGAAAGCAUUGGUCAAGCAGCAUAUUGAUCUUCUUACAGCUCAGGCGUGGUUUACUGAGAGUAAACAACUUGAGGAAAAGGUGGCUAAAUUAAGCAUACACAGUAGCACUCCUUCAGAGUAUACAUGUAUGGUUUUACUUCAAAAUGACACUGUAAAGGAGGCUGUAAAACAGGUGAAGAAGAAAACAUCCUUUAAGCGAGCUGGCCAAGGAUACAACUUUCCAACCGUGGUGCAUGGAGUGACUAUGGGCUUUGGCGAUCCAACUGCAACCAAAGAAAAUCGCCAAUUUGGGGAGCUGAAGAAGCCUGAGAUCCUUGCUGUCUACAACAAGACCAUUGGCCGCUGUAGCAAGAUAGCCUACUGCUGCUGCUGCCCCUGCUGCAUAAAAACAUGCAGUAGGAUAAACGAUCAACUUAUGAUUGUUUUAACGCAGCUCUGUACAGCUCUAUCAUGCCUUGCCUGCUUAGAAUGCUGCAGUGAGUUAUGGGGCGGCAACUAGUUAUAUUUCUCUCGUGUUGUGUUUUUGUAUUUUGAAUCAAUUUGCUGUGUAUACAUAUGCAGUUUAUUUUCCUUUUCCAGUUGCAAACUAAUGUUACUGAAAUGAGUGAGUUGUAUCAUGUAACGCCGCUUGUAUUUAUUGUCCCAUUUGUCAUUGUUAUCAUCUGACUCAAGUCACAAAGAAAUGACACAACAGAUUUUAUUUGUUUUC